GUGAUCAAAAACUAUUUCCACGUUAGCAUUGUUAUUUAGACGUUUAUUAUCACCAUGGAACUCAAUAUCAGUCAUUUAACGGCAUAGCGUCACAUACUUACCCAAUGUAGUUUAAAAUUCGCCUUGGUGCCAGGACUUGGUUAAUAGAGAUUAUUUAGGUAACGCUACUUAGGUAUCACGUUAGCUAACAAUGGCUAACUGUAACGAUAUGGUUUUUCACACUCAAAUAGCCUCCAUCAUGGAGGUACUAGCGAAUGCAGCCGUGGCAGAGAUCUGUAAACUCGUAGACGACGACUAUGCACUGUUUCGUUUGGAAAUAACUCAAAGCCAGAAAGAUAACAGGACAUUGCGGAGGAAACUACAGCUACUGGAACUGAAGAUGGCACGGGAGCGCGCAGAGGGGACAAUGCGAGAGCGCGCCCUUGCAGGUCGUCCCAGUAGUGUCAAGUUCCUCGACCGACACAGAGGAAUGGCAAGAGGUGAAGGAAGUCUCACUGGAGGCCACAGGAGCUUUGUUAAGCCAAUGAAGCACAAUUCAUGGAGAGAUGACCAACCAAUUACUGUUGAUGAGGGGAGUGGAACCUCAACCCAGCAUGUUAUCAUGAUAGAGUCUGCAGAUGCAGAGACUGCAGGUCCUGGGGUCAAGAUGGAGAGGUCUGAAGGAGAGGAAGACCCACGACACACCAGAGACAUCCAAACUGGAACGCCCUCUGUAGCCAUGGAGGACCCCACCACCGCCCCAGCGCAGCCCAGGACCCGAAGCAGCAUCACUGAGUCAGUAGACAUGGAGGAUGGGAAGCCUGAUCUGCUGCUGGUCAAAGAGGAGACAAUAGAAGACGAACCAGAGAGCAUUGAUCUGCUGAGUGGACUAAAGAUGGGGGCGCAAGGAGACUGGGUGGCCAUCUUGGAUACCCAGACCAGUGCAGCCAAGAGCCCAGGGGACAACAUCAUUGAUCAGGGCAGGACCAGAGGUGAUAUAGUGGAGUCUGCAGCCCAUGAAGACCUGCUGAUAUCCAGUGUUACUGGUGGGAGAGAGUGGACCUCUGAGGUGGCUGGCCAUAAACCCUGGACCCGGAUCAGGACCCUGGAUCAGGAGCCUUCGCUCUUCAUUCCCGAGUCGGAACCAGGACACAAUCGCGAAGUACAGAGACUCCACCACACAGAACACAACCAGUGGACAGGUGGACUGAACAACCUCAGUCCUGAUGGUCAUCAGAGAGACAGAGGCUCCAGUCAGGGAUCCAGUCUGCAGCCCAGACCCUUCUCUUCACAGUCUCAGUGCAGGGAUGAAGCAGGGCCUGGAGCUAAUAGAGAUAGACCCUCCUGUUCCUAUGAUACAAACACCACACUAUCCAUGAUGAACAGAGCAGGUCAACCUGGGCUUCAGCCUUCACAGAGAGUGGUGGGAGACCCCCCUGGUGGUAGUUUUUCAGCAAGUCUGUCUUCUCCUUCAGGUUCUCAUCUAAUGCCUGGUGACUGGGUUCAUGGAAAGCCUGGGCCUGGGUCUAACCUUCCUCAGUUUCCUCCUGGUUACCCCACCAAUACAGACAGGGUCAGGAUGGGUGUACAACACGAGAGGUACCUAGCCUAUAACACAUCACAUAAUCCCAACAACACCCAAACAAUGGCUAGAGGUCAGGGAGGGAGCUCAAAGACUAACAAUCUGAGGGUGGUUCUACCUGCUUCUACCUCCUCUGGUGUCAUUGGGUCACAACAUGGGAGGCCGAGCAUUAGGACGGAUGCAGACAAGCCGUAUGCCUGCCCCACAUGUGGGAAGAAUUUUGCUAAGGCAAAAUAUGUGAAGCAGCACCAGACCAUUCACACCAAUGAGAGGCCCUUCAAGUGCAAACUAUGUUACAAGAGCUUCUCCUUCCUGAGUAUCCUUAUCAGACAUAAGAGUGUCCAUAAUGGGGAGAAAUCGUAGCAGUGUGGCUUGAGUUUUACGCAGGGGAUAUCUGGGAACUAUUCUUUAGCUUAAAUAUUAUUGUUAUCAUGUGAAGUGUCUUGGGGUAAGAGAGUUUUUUGGAUUACUAAGUCCCUCAGUAUCUGGGCAUGCUGUCUUUCUCACAGGAUACAGACUUUUUGUUUGGUGUGCUGGCAUAGCUAUAGCACUGUCAUUUAAGUCUAACACUAUAUUCACCCUUUGAAUUUGGUUUUGCCUAUAUUCUAUUCAUAACAAAAAUAAUGUCCCUCUUUUAUAUAACACCUUCAUAACACACCCCUACCCCCAAAAAGUAUUUGGCAUAAUCAGGAGGCAUCUGUUUCUUUAUGUACUAAAAAUAGAUGAUUAAAUCGGUGAAUGAGAAAUUAUGUUAUCUUUUUAUUUGCUUAAAAAUUUGACUUAGUUUCCUUGAAUUCCUUGGCUUCCUUCGAACAUAUUGUCACAACAAUGAGCCAGAUAUUUCACCGGAUGUAUAAAUGUGAAGCAUCCAUUUGGUGUUGCCACUCACGACCAAAUAUGGUGAUGAGAGGAAGCCCAGUGGUCGGCAGUGAGAGAAAAUGGAGCGAGAUUGAUUUUGGCCGACAUUCUGUUAAUUUUCUCAUCAAUUAAACAUUUGUUCUCAAUACAGUUUUCUGCUUUCAAAACUAUAAUCUGUUAGGAACAGAGUGGACUAAGUUUGGCAGACUUUACCCUUUGCCAAAACACAAUACCCCAUAAUGACAAAACCAAAAAAAGGUUUUUAGAAAUGUUUGCUCAUUUACAACAUCAAGUCUUAUUGGGGAUGACGCUACAAGCUUGGCACACCUGUAUUUGGGGAGUUUCUCCCAUUUUUCUCUGCAGAUCCUCUCAAUCUCUGUCAGGUUAGAUGGGGAGAGUCGUUGCACAGCUAUUUUCUGGUCUUUCCAGAGAUGUUUGAUCGGGUUCAUGUCCGGGCUCUGGCUGGUCCACUCAAGCACAUUCAGUGACUUGUCCCGAAGCCACUCCUGCGUUGUCUUGGCUGUGUGCUUGGGUCCUUGUAUGGUUGGAAGGUGAACCUUGGCCCCAGUCUGAGGUCCUGAGCGCUCUGGAACAGGUUUUCAUCAAGGAUGAAAUGGUCAGAGUCCUUUAGGUGCCUGUUGGCAAACUCCAAGCGGGCUGUCAUGUGUGUUUUACUGAGGAGUCGCUUCUGUCUGGUCACUCUACCAUAAAGGCCUGAUUGGUGGAGUGCUGCAGAGAUGGUUGUCCUUCUGGAAGGUUCUCCCAUCUCCACAGAGGAACGCUGGAGUUCUAUCAGAGAAACCAUCGGGUUCUUUGUUACCUCCCUUACCAAGGUCCUUCUCCCCCGAUUGCUCAGUUUGGCCGAGACAGCCAGUUCUAGGGAGAGUCUUGGUGAUCCAUACUUCUUCCAUUUAAGAAUGAUGGAAACCACUGUGUUCCUGGGGACCUUAAAUGCUGCAUAAAUGUUAUGGUACCUUUCCCAGAUCUGUGCCUCGACACAAUCCUGUCUAGGAGCUCUACGGACAAUUCGGUAUUUCAGCCACACCCGUUGUGGAGAGGUGUAUAAAAUCAAGCACACAGCCAUGCAAUCUCUAUAGGCAAACAUUGGCAAUAGGAUGGCCUUACUGAAGAGCUCAAUGACUUUCAACGUGGCACCGUCAUAGGAUGCCACCUUUUAUCACAUUUCUGCCCUGCUAGAGCUGCCCCGGUCAACUGUAAGUGUUGUUAUUGUGAAGUGGAAACCUCUAGGAGCAAGAACGGCUCAGAUGCGAAGUGGUAGGCCACACAGGCUCACAGAACGGGGCCCGCCGAGUGCUGAAGUGAGUAAAAAUCAUCUGUCCUUGGUUGUAACACUCGCUACCGAGUUCCAAACUGCCUCUGGAAUCAACGUCAGCACAAGAACUGUUCUUUGGGAGCUUCAUGAAAUGUGUUUUCAUGGCCGAGCAGCCGCACGCAAGCCUAAGAUCACCAUGCACAAUGCCAGGCAUUGGCUGGAGUGGUGUAAAGCUCGCUGCCUUUGGACUCUGGAGCAGUGGAAUUGCGUUCUCUGGAGUGAUGAAUCAUGCUUCACCAUCUGGCAGUCCGACGGACUAAUCUGGGUUUGGCGAAUGCCAGGAGAAUGUUGCCUGCCCGAUUACAUAGUGCCAAAUGUAAAGUUUGGUGGAGGAGGAAUAAUGGUCUGGGGCUGUUUUUCAUGGUUCUGGCUAGGCCCAGCAAACAAUGAUAUUCAAAUUGUAUUUUUAUUUCACCUUUAUUUAACUAGGCAAGUCAGUUUAUAACAAAUUCUUAUUUACAAUGACGGACUACCCCGGGCCAAUUGUGCGCCGCCCUAUGGGACUCCCAAUCAUGGCCAGAUGUGACACAGCCUGGACUCGAACUAGGGACUAUAGUGACACCUCUUGCACUGAAAUGCAGUGCCUUAGACCACUGCGCCACUCAGGAGCCCAUUCUAGAAGAUUCUAUGCUUCCAACUUUGUGGCAACAGUUUGGUGAAGGCCCUUUCCUGUUUCAUCAUGACAAUGCCCCCGUGCACAAAGCGAGGUCCAUACAGAAAUGGUUUGUCAAGAUCGGUGUGGAAGAACUUGACUGUCCUGCACAGAGCCCGACCUCAACCCCAUCGUACACCUUUGGGAUGAAUUGGAACGCUGACUGGGAGCCAGGCCUAAUCGCCCAACAUCAGUGCCCUACCUCACUAAUGCUCUUGUGGCUCAAUGGAAGCAAAUGUUCUUGCAGCAAUGUUCCAACAUCUAGUGGAAAGCCUUCCCAGAGGAGUGGAGGCUGUUAUAGCAGCAAAGGGUGUACCAACUCCAUGUUAAUGCCCAUGAUUUUGGAAUGAGAUUUUUGAUGAGCAGGUGUCCACAUACUUUUUGUCAUGUAGUGUACAUGUGAGCCUGAAAUGGAAUGAGGCCGACCUGACUGCGAGGCAAGUGCUGGCUGAGGCAAGUGCUGGCUGAGGCUGCUGAGCAGCACAGUGAAAUUAGUGUGGAAGGGGCACAGUGCGUCCGAAUGCUGAUUGUUUAUCAAUAAAUUAUUGAGGGGGACGAAUCGACCCAUUCUGAAUAUUGUGGGUGACAUUAAUAUCUUUGGAAUCAAUGUUUGUGGGUGACAUUAAUAUCUUUGGAAUCAAUGUUGGUAAUACCAUAAUUAUGGAUAGUCAUGAAUGAGUCGUGAUUAAUGAUGAGUGAGAAAGUUACAGAGGCAUAAAUAUCAUACCCCCACCCCCCAAAAAAAUGCUAACCUCCCCUGUUAUUGGUAAUGUUGAGAAGAUACCAUGUUUUGGGGGUAUUUAUUAGGAUCCUCAUGACUCUACCUGGGGUCAAAACAGAGUUAAAACAGUUACAGUACAUCAAAACACAACAACAGCCUACAUCAUAAAUGAAACAAUACAUCAUACAAAACAUUAUUACAUUAUGAAAAAAUGUACAAUGUAAAAUCCACAAUGCCACAACAUUACAGUGUGUAUGUAUGAGCGUGUCUCUUCGUGUUUCCGGGAGGUGUUUUGUCAUCUUUUUUAAAAUCAGAUUUUACUGCCCUUCUGGUAUGAAUUCUACAAGGUGAUGCAUUCAAACGUUGCUCAAUUCAUAUCAAGGGACCUAACAUGUACCAGGAAAACAUUCCCCACACCAUAACACCAGCCUGUACUGUUGACACCGGACAGGAUCAAAUCAAAAUCAAAUCAAAUUUAUUUAUAUAGCCCUUCGUACAUCAGCUGAUAUCUCAAAGUGCUGUACAGAAACCCAGCCUAAAACCCCAAACAGCAAGCAAUGCAGGUGUAGAAGCACGGUGGCUAGGAAAAACUCCCUAGAAAAGCCAAAACCUAGGAAGAAACCUAGAGAGGAACCAGGCUAUGUGGGGUGGCCAGUCCUCUUCUGGCUGUGCCGGGUAGAGAUUAUAACAGAACAUGGCCAAGAUGUUCAAAUGUUCAUAAAUGACCAGCAUGGUCGAAUAAUAAUAAGGCAGAACAGUUGAAACUGGAGCAGCAGCACGGCCAGGUGGACUGGGGACAGCAAGGAGUCAUCAUGUCAAGUAGUCCUGGGGCAUGGUCCUAGGGCCGCGGUUCAGUUGAAACUGGAGCAGCAGCACGGCCAGGUGGACUGGGGACAGCAAGGAGUCAUCAUGUCAGGUAGUCCUGGGGCAUGGUCCUAGGGCUCAGGUCCUCCGAGAGAGAGAAGGAGAGAAUUAGAGAACGCACACUUAGAUUCACACAGGACACCGAAUUGGACAGGAGAAGUACUCCAGAUAUAACAAACUGACCCCAGCCCCCGACACAUA